AUCAAACACUUUCAAACUUUCUUCUUAAUUAUCAAAAAUACAAAAAACAAAAAAGUUUCUCUCUCUCUCUCUCUCUCUCUCUCUCUCUCUCUCUCUCUCUCUCUCUCUCUCUCUCAAGUGUUUACGUAGUAGCUUCAUCCACUAAAAGACUAUGCCUAUAGAGAUUGAGCAACCAGCAGUUGAGCUAUCAAAAAUCGCAGUUUCUGAAACUCAUGGGGAAGACUCCCCAUAUUUUGCAGGAUGGAAAGCGUACGACGAAAACCCGUACGACGAAUUACGCAAUCCAUCAGGAGUCAUUCAGAUGGGAUUGGCAGAAAAUCAAGUUUCAUUUGACAUGCUGGAGGAGUACUUGGAGCAGAAUUCAGAAGCAGCAAGCUGGGGGAAUAAAUCUUCUGGCUUCAGAGAUAAUGCUUUGUUUCAAGACUAUCAUGGCCUGCAAUCUUUUAGAAAGGCAAUGGCAAGUUUCAUGGAACAAAUAAGAGGGGGGAGAGCAAAGUUCAACCCAGAUAGAGUUGUUUUAACAGCUGGUGCAACUGCAGCCAAUGAGCUCCUCACCUUCAUUUUAGCUGACCCAGGGGAUGCCCUGCUAGUUCCUACGCCUUACUAUCCAGGAUUUGACAGAGAUUUGAGGUGGAGGACCGGAGUGAAAAUCGUACCGAUCCACUGUGACAGUUCCAACAACUUCCAAAUCACCCCACAAGCCUUGGAAGCUGCAUACAAAAAGGCAGAAUCCAUGAAAAUCAAAGUGAGAGGAGUGCUCAUAACAAACCCAUCAAACCCUUUAGGCGCGACCAUCCAACGGUCAGUCCUAGAACAAAUCCUAGACUUUGCCACACAAAAAAACAUCCACUUGGUAUCCGACGAGAUCUACUCCGGAUCUGUUUUCUCCCCCGCGGAGUUUGUGAGCAUCGCGGAAGUCCUUGAGUCGCGAAACUACAAGGAUUCGGAGAGGGUCCACAUUGUUUAUAGCCUUUCGAAAGACCUAGGCCUCCCGGGUUUUCGAGUGGGGACUGUGUAUUCAUACAAUGAUAAAGUGGUUACCACUGCUAGAAGAAUGUCAAGUUUCACCUUGAUUUCCUCCCAAACACAACAGCUUUUGGCCUCAAUGCUGUCUGAUACAUCUUUUACUGAGAAUUACAUAAGGGAAAACAGAGAAAGGCUUAGGAAAAGGUAUGGUAUGAUCAUUGAGGGAUUGAGGAAAGCUGGUAUCCAGUGUUUGGAGGGAAAUGCAGGGCUUUUUUGCUGGAUGAAUUUGAGCCAAUUCUUGGAAAAUCCCACAUGGGAAAGUGAAUUGGAAAUUUGGGGGAAAAUUGUUAGUGAAGUGAAACUGAAUAUUUCUCCAGGAUCUUCUUGCCAUUGUUCCGAACCGGGUUGGUUUAGGGUUUGCUUUGCUAAUAUGAGUGAGAAGACACUUGAAGUUGCACUCCAGAGAAUACAGGAUUUCAUGGAGCAGAGGAAAAGAAAAUAAGGAGUAAUAAUCUCUCCUUUUUUUUCCUUCUCUCUUUCUUUUUUCUUUUUUUUAUCGGUCAGGGCGAAGCUCCGAUAAGAAACAGAAGUCGCCCUUCUUAAUUUUCCUUUUUUGUUUUUGUGAUCUUAAUUUUGAUCAUUCUUUUUAGGGUUCUGUUGGGGUUAUAGGUUUGUGAAGGGAAAAGAAAACGAUCGGGAAAAAGGUAUUCAAGCAUAGUUACUUUUUUUACCUUUUCCCGGUCAUUUCUUUUUUUGAGUUCCGUUAAUCUCUUCACAAAUCUAUGAUCCAAGCUCAGCCUAGAUGAGAAUAUAUUUGGGUUUUGUCUCAAAAUACUGUAUACCAGAUUAAAUUGUAAUGUAAUUUUGUUUAAUUCUUUGGCAAUUUGCAAAGUUCUGUAUUACAAACACCAGUCUCAUUAUUGUAUUGGAGGGUAACUGCAACAAGUAAACUCUAUUA